UUUUAAAAGACUAGUACGUGCUAUUUAUUUUGUUUCAAACAGCUUUUCCAUCUCUGCACUCUCUUCUUCACUCUCUCUGCUGUCAAAACCUCUAGCAAAAUGAGUGACCACCACCACCACCAUCAUUCACCACCGCCGCAAGGGAUUCGACCUCCAUAUCCCCCGCCAGAUUUUCAACCCCCGCCAGUGCCUGCACCACCUCCACCUGGUUAUCAAAGCUAUUUCUAUGAAGGGCCCCCGCCUCCUCCUCCACCCUCUCACGCUUACCAUGUUCGUCAUGAUCAUGGGGGAAGUAGUGGUUGCUGUUCAUUCCUAAGAGGAUGAUCUGGAGUGCAUCUCAUUUGGGUCUACGCUUCCGUUGAAAUUAAUUUUACCCAUGUUAUUGAGCCUUUAAAAUUUGUUGUAGAAAUAGGCGACCAUGUCUCCAUUGGUGUUACUUCUUAGAGGGUGGUUGUUUUGUUUUAUUUCGUGUUGUUUUCUCCCUAACUCGACCAGUUUUUCUCCCCAUUAAGCAGAAGAACUUACACCAACCUUUACCGGAUCGAAAUUUGGAUGUCUGUAACAACUAUCUCUUAUGUAUGUAUAUGAAUGUGAAAAAGAAGAACUUCCCUUA